UAUAGUAAUUUACGUAAUUCUGUAAUUUUACAAUGUAAAAUUUAAAUUUAAUUUGGACAAAUUUUCUCUGUUCAUUCUUUCAGCUACACCACUUUAUAAUUUAAAUUUGGCGCGAGUUAUUUUAUGCAGUGUUCAGCAGAGGGAGUAUGCAUACAGUGUCACGAAAAUGAUAUUAAAUCUCACAACAUUAAUAGUCAUGACUUUCUGGUCACGUGUAAACGUAUCAACAUGUACGUGAAAUAAAGAUAUUGUAUGUACCUAUAAUAAAAGAUCUGGUAAAAAAGAAGAAAAAUCAGCAUGUUUCCGUUGCGACAAAUACUUCGAUGUGGAACACGACUGGUUCUUACGAGAGAACCUAUAAAUUUAUCUCAGAUUCCAUUGAUUUCGAAAGAUAAACUUGAUGUCAGUCUACACAAACCAAUUUUUAUACGGAUGAACACGAAUCUUAGCAAAUUAUCGGAAGAGAACAAAGAAGAAGAUUCUAACAAACAUAUACUCGGCAAAGUUGUAGGAAAACUAAAGGUGAUGUUUACAUGUAAAAAAUGUAACUAUCGAAAUGGGAAAGUUAUAUCGAAACUAGCAUACGAAAAAGGAGUAGUUAUAAUUCGCUGUGACGGCUGCAAGAAUAAUCACUUAAUUGCUGAUAAUCUUGGGUGGUUCGAGGAUUUAAAGAACAAAAGGAAUAUCGAAAAAAUAUUGGCGGCAAAAGGAGAGACCGUACGAAAAAUUCAAAAUGAUGUUGAUGGAUAUCUCGAGGCUGUCGCUAAAGAGGAAUAUGAUUUGAUUCAACAUAAUAAAGAAAGAGAACAGCGUUUAAUAGAAGAGCAAAAUGAAACACACGAACAAAAUAAGAAGGUUAAAUCUACAGAAGAAUCGUAGGAUAUGUUGUUCAGGAAGCGGAGUUUUUAUUUUGACAAAAUUGACAUAAAUAUAUCUAAAUAAAUGUAGAUACUUUUAAAUUUAUUGUAGACUAUGUGUAUUUUUAAUGCUAUGUUAUAAUUGUGAAGAAACAAUAAUAUCCAAAGUUUGGUUGAUAUAGAAA